AUGGCGGCGGCGGGCUGGGACGGUCCUGAGCUGGAGCCGAGACCAGAGCUGGGGAUGGAGCCGGAGCCGGAGCCUGAUCCGGAGCCCGAGGCCGAGCCGGCGCUGGCGGCGGAGCUGUCGGCGAGGCGAAGCGCGGAGGCGCGGCGGCUGGUGCUGUCGCCGCGGCGGCUGUCGGGCCCGCUGCCCGCCGGGCUGUCGCAGUGGUUCCCGGCGCUGGAGGUGCUGGACGUGAGCGGGACGGGGCUAACGGAGAUGGGCACGGAACUGCUGUCCCUGCCGUGCCUUCACACGUUGCUGGCCAAGAACAACCGGCUUGGCGGGCCCGGCUCUUUGCCUAAGGGGCUGGGCCAGGCGCCUCUCGCCCGCUCCCUCCGCGUCCUCAACCUCAGCGGGAACCGCUUCUCCGAGGUGCCGCCCGCGCUGCUGCAGCUCCGCGGGCUGCGCAGCCUCAGCCUCGGCGGCAACCGGCUCCAGGGCAUCCCGCCCGACAUCCAGGAGCUCCACAGUUUAGAGUUCCUAUACCUUGGAGGAAAUUUCAUUACAGCAAUUCCACCUGAAUUAGCAAAACUGCCUUCUCUGAGGUACCUAGUUCUGUGUGACAACAAGAUCCAGAGCAUUCCACCUCAGCUGGCACAGCUGCAUUCCCUGCGUUCCCUUAGCCUGCACAAUAACCUGCUGACUUACCUUCCCCGAGAGAUCCUUAACCUGGUUCACCUCGACGAGCUGAGCUUGCGUGGGAACCCGCUGGUGGUGCGGUUUGUGCGUGACCUGACCUACAAUCCCCCGAGCCUUCAGGAACUGGCUGGACGCACAGUUAAAACUCGCAACAUUCCCUACACUCCCAGUGAUCUCCCAGAGAGUCUUGUCCGGUACCUGAGCUUGGCCAGCAACUGCCCCAAUCCUAAAUGCGGGGGUGUAUACUUUGACAGCUGUGUCAGACAGAUCAAGUUUGUUGACUUCUGUGGCAAGUAUCGGCUCCCGCUGAUGCACUACCUGUGCUCUCCAGAGUGCUCCUCUCCCUUCAGCUCUGCCUCCCAGAGUUCUACUUCCCAGAGCGAGUCUGACUCUGAGGAUGAGGCCAGCGUCGCUGCGCACAGGAUGCAGAAAGUCCUUCUGGGAUAACAGGGAGCCAGAGGGGAGGACGGGAAGGAAAAUGGAUUUGAAAAGCAAUAAUGGAAUGGUGUAGCAUGAGCCACUGGCCUGAAAGGCUCGUGAG